GCGAUUUUCGAACGUCGCGAAGCCCAAAAGUGUGGGGGCCCAAAAAAGUGAACUUGUUUUUAACCAUACGCGCGACAAGUAUAUACAUACUACUUCAAAUUUUGUUUGUGCUGCGUCAAGAUGCUUUGGUUUCGCUCAAUAGUGUUGGUUCGUCAAGGCGUGGCAGCACGUGCCUACGCAAAUCUAGCUGGAGGAACACCGACAAUUCCAGCUUCAACGGAGACAGACGAACGGGUGAAAUCACAGACAAAAACGUUCGGCGAAGCAAUCCAUAGACUUAGCGAAGUGUCAGCUGUGCCUGUGAAGCCUCCAGUUUCGUUUGCUAGUCUACUUCGAAAUUCGCAGCUUAUAAAGUUGGGAGACCCUGUUGGAAAAGUCGUUGUCGGCAAGAUAUUUCAUUGCGUAGCGAAUGACCUAUAUAUAGAUUUUGGAGGAAAAUUUCAUGCCGUUUGUAAGCGGCCAGCCAUAGAUCAGCAACGCUACAUGCAGGGUUCAUAUGUGCUAGUUCGACUUCAAGACCUUGAGCUGUCGUCGCAGUUUUUAGGUGCCGAUCGAGAUCUCACUCUUCUUGAAGCGGACGCCACCCUUUUAGGCUACGCUGAUGCGCCAUGCGCUCAUGACGUAGCGUGUAAAUCAUUUCCGGAAAAAUUUGGACUUGUUGGUUAAUUAAUCAAUGGUUUUAGCAGCAAUAAAUAAUAAUUAGAAAAGUAGAUAAAAAAAAUGGUGCACUUAUAACGGUUGUUUACUGUAGACAUUUUACACUAUUAUAAUGUCGAUACCAAAAAGUGAUAACAAAUAAAAAAAUGGCUUGUUUGCUUGAAAGUGAAUUGAGCUGACGUAGUGCA